AUGAAUAACCCUGACCUGGACCCCUUGCAUAUUCUAGAAAUCAUUCCACUUGUUGGUGCUUCCCCUGACCGAAACGACCUCCUGUGCUGUACUUAUGUCUUCAAGGCUCUUCACGAUAUGCUUAUCCAACCCAUUUGGGAAAAGAUCCAUACUGGGCCUCUAUCCAGGCGUCCUACAAUUGAAGCACUGCAACAGGGCAUCCCAAGGUACCUUCGCCCGAAGCAAUCUCCCAAUCUCAUAAAGGUCCACAGUUCCACACUCAUCAAGUUUAAGUCCGACAAUUCACCUUUACAAGAGAUAUGGAGGGCCCUACUGGAAUGCACACAUCUUGAGCACUUGGCUCUUUCUAAAACACAUAUAAGCGAUGAUGAAGUCUAUUCACCUUUUCAAGUCUGCAAGAAGAGAUUGUCACUCGAUGCAGGGGAUCAAUGGACUGGUGGUAUUAUUCAGGCGAUCUUAUCCAAUUGCCCACGCUUGAAGGGACUUGUCGCAUAUAAAUCCACAGUGACAGAUAUUGCGGGCGGUGCAGAAUGGGUUAGUACUGGACUAACAAACAUGUUUGUUGUCCUCGAAGUUGACGUUGGCCAGGAGGCUCCAGAAGGCAUGCGGAAGCAGCGCCUUGCUUUUAGAUAA